CUGCCACCUUUUGAGCACCAUUACUCCUCCACCACCAACUCCAUCACCAUUACUCAUCCACCACCAACCCCAUCACCACCCCCCCAUUACAAUCAGAUUCAAAAAACUCCACCACCACCACUCUUCCUCUUCUUCCUCCACGUUUGUUUUCCUCCCCUUCACCACCAUCUCCUUCCAAGUUCCACUUGCUCCACCCUCAACCACCAUCUCCUUCCAAGUUCCACCUUGCUACCAAGUUCCUUCUGUUUGUUACAUGCAGGCUGAAUGACUGAACCGUACCUAUAUGAAGAAGAUUUACUGGUUGAUGCCGCAUGCGAUGCCGCAUGCGGUUCUGGGAAUGUUGAGCCUCCUAGCAAUAUCAUUCCGUGGGUGCCCCCUCGUAUAAGCGUGGACGCCACACAUUUAUUUACAACUGACCAGAUAUUUGAUACUCGUGAUGAGCUUGAACAAUGGGCUAAGAAUGUUGGAAAGACGAAUGGUUAUGUGCUGGUGAUUGCAAGGUCUGACUAUGCUAUAAGUGGAGGAAAGGUAUUUGUUACUAUUAAGUGUGCGAAGCAUGGUAUUUACAGGCCAUACAAGGACCCGAAUACAUUCAAGUACAAAAAGACCGCAUCACAAAAGACUGAUUGUAAGUUUAAUCUCAAAGGACGACCUACGAAGGGUGAUAGAAUGUGGUGGCUGAAAGUGAUGGAUGGUAAACACAACCAUGAACCAGCUAAAUCACUAGUUGGCCACCCCUACGUUGGUCGACUAACAGAGGAAGAGAAGGGGCUUGUGGGCACCAUGACUAGUACUUGGACUCCACCGAGACAAAUACUAGCGGCAUUGAAGGAAAACAAUCCAAGUAACUUGACUACAAUCACUCAAGUUUACAGUUGCAACAAAAGGUUUAAAAAAGAGGAGAGGGGACCAUUGACAGAAAUGCAACAUUUGAUGAAGAAGUUGGUAGAAGCCAAGUAUGUUCACUUUGAAAGGCAACAAGCUGAUUCAAGUGAGAUUAGGGAUCUCUUUUGGGCUCAUCCUGAUGCGGUCAGACUCUUCAACACAUUCCCUCAUGUGGUCAUCAUGGAUUGCACGUACAAGACAAACAGAUAUCAGAUCCCCUUGCUUGAAAUGGUUGGUCUCACUUCUACGGGGUUGACUUUCUCCAUAGCAUUUUGCUACAUAGUUAGGGAGUUUGCCGAUGAUGCCAGAUUACCUCAAGUGAUUGUGACUGACAGAGAUUUGGCUUUACUGAGUGCUGUUAAGCAAUGUCUUCCCAAUUGUACCAAUUUAUUAUGCCGGUUCCACAUAAACAAGAAUGUGGAGGCAAAGUGCAAAGUGUUGAUUGGCACGGAUGAUUUUGCCCUUUCAGUGAUGGAGAACUGGAAAUGCCUGAUUUAUGCUGAAACAGUGGAACAAUUUGAUGAGGAAUGGAAGGAAAUGUGUGUCAUGUGUAAGGACUUCCCAGAUUUCAUAUCCUACAUUUCUACUACAUGGUUAAAGCACAAGGAGAAAUUUGUGAGUGCGUGGACCAAUUCUGUGUUGCAUUUUGGAACUACAACGAGUAACAGGGCUGAAAGUGCACACUCAACCUUGAAGAGGAUGCUGAAAGACGGCAGAGGUGACUUGUGCGCCGCGUGGGAUGCAGUGGAUAGGUUGACCACUGUACGACACAAUGAAAUCAAGGCAUCAUUUGAGCGCAGUAUCAACCUUGUAGAACAUCGUUUCAAGUCGCCCAUGUAUACAAAUAUCAGGGGAUUUGUGUCCAGAAAGGCCAUGCAACUCAUGGAAGAUGAACAGAACAGAGUGAUGCGUGAUGGUUGUGGAUGCGCAUUCCAAGUUACCCAUGGGCUUCCUUGUGCGUGUGCACUUCAUAGUUAUGAUAGAAUUCCGUAUGAGGCAAUCCAUACUUUCUGGAAGAUACUUGGUUGGGACCAUGUACCCAUUGGGAGUCAAGCCUCAAACCAAGGAGACCUCAAGUCAGAGAUUGAUGGCUUGACCGCUUAUUUCAACACUUUGGAUGUUGCGGGCCAAAGUAUGCUAAGGAGGAAGGUAAAAGAGCUCUAUUGUCCUUCUAGUAGUUCACUGUGUCCUCCUCAAGUGAAGAUAAAGCCCAAGCGCUCGUCCAAGGCUAUGGAGAGUAAACCACCUAGUCAACAAAAACCAUCCUUACAACGUGAUCCUUGUUAUUGGGAACAUGUUAACAAUAGCCUCAAGCCAACACCUAACAAAGUCUCUUGUCCUCGAAGCAAGAAGUCUAAGAAGAGCAAGCAGUCCUCCACCAGCAUAUACUUGGAUGAUUUGCCAUCUUUCUUCCAUCAAUAUAUAGAAAAAGUCAUAGAUGUUAUUGCAGAUGGUAAUUGUGGUUAUAGAUCAGUUGCUGCAUUGUUCAGACCCGACAUAGGUCAAGACGGUUGGCCUUUGAUUAGGGAAGAGUUGCUUGUAGAACUCUCAGAGAAUACCGCUUACUAUAGCAACAUAUUUGGUUAUGAGAGGGUUCAGUCUCUACAAAAUCGUCUCAUCCUUCCGAUUGGUACAAUUGCAACGGAAGACAAGUGGAUGUCUCUACCGGAGAUGGGGUACCUCAUUGCUACGAGGUUGCAAGUUGUCUUCAUCUCCAUUUCACUAAAAGGUUGUUACACUUAUCUGCCAUUGAGAGGAGGCGCCCCACCGGAAGUACAUCCCGUGUCACGUCACCAACCACUUUGUUCAGGUAUAACUUUUAUGAAGUACCUUACACUCGCUUGUCACCUCAAGCUUAAGCCGGGACAUCCUAUGCCAACAAUAGCUCCCCAAUGGCCGUUUUUGGCCAAAGAACCCACCGACCAAUGGAUCUUCCCGUAUGCGGCGCGUUUGGCUACAUUUACGGCAGAAUUGAAUGCUUGGAUUGAUCCUACGGGUGGUCCUCAAGAGAAUGUCUUUAUAGACCUUGGAGAAGAUUGA